CAACCAAGAUGGCGGCGCCCAUGGGGCUCUGCCGGGGUCUGGGGCGGCGUUGCUUAGCUUUGCGAGGGGGGCUCUGGAAGGGGAGCCGGGCGGCCUCGGCCGGGGUGAGAAGCCGCCUCUACGACCACGCGAGGGACGGCUGGACGGCGAGGCCCCGGCUGGACGUGGAGGCCCUGAAGGGGCGGCUGGGCGAGGCCGAGAAGGAGUUGGAGAGGCGGAAGGGGCCCCUGGGACCCCAGGACCUCCACCAUGUUGUUGCUACCUGGCAGAAACUUCUUGAAGUGCAAGAAGAGAUUGCAAAAUACGAAGCUGAAAAAGAGAAAGUUGCUGAAAGUGUGCGAAAUCUUGUGAAAACUCAAGACAGCAAUACUUUGCAAUCACUCCCUCUUUACAAUGCCUUGCGGAAGCAAGGGAGGGAUCUCCGCCUUCGUCUCAAUGCCUUGCGUCAGGAGGAGGUGGAACUAGAUGAAAAAUACUACCUGCUUGCCCUCAGGCUGCCCAACAGGACCCAUCCUGAUGUGCCAAUUGGAGACGAGAGCCAAGCAAAAGUGGUGGAGACAGUUGGAACGAAACCAGCAUUUGACUUCCAGGUGAAAGGACAUCUGGAACUUGGAGAAGAACUGGGAAUCAUAAGGCAAAGGCGCUUGUCACAUGUCUCUGGUAACCGGUCAUACUACCUCCGUGGGGCAGGAGCCAUGCUCCAACAAGCCCUGGUACAGUUUGCUCUCAACAAAUUAAUGAAAAAGGGCUUCAUCCCAAUGAGUGUUCCAGACCUGCUUAAAGGAGCUGUGUUUGAAGGCUGUGGCAUGCUUUCUGAUGCCAGUCCCUCCCAGUUGUACAACAUAGACCCUUCCCGCUUUGAAGACCUGAGUCUGGCAGGCACAUCUGAGGUUGGAAUUGCAGGGUACUUUAUGGAUCAUGCAGUAGAUCUCAAAGAUAUGCCUGUCAGAACGGUAUGUUCAAGUACGUGUUACAGAGCUGAAACAGACACAGGCAAGGAUCCGUGGGGUCUGUAUAGAGUGCACCAGUUUGCCAAGGUGGAAAUGUUUGGAGUUACUGCCAAUGAGACUGGAUUGGAAAGUGCGGCCUUGCUAGAGGAAUUUCUGACUUUGCAGAAAGAGCUCUUUUCUGAAUUGGGGCUACACUUCAAGGUUCUUGAUAUGCCCACCCAGGAACUGGGCCUUCCUGCCUACAGGAAGUUCGACAUUGAGGCCUGGAUGCCAGGGAGGGGAAAGUAUGGAGAGAUCUCCAGUGCUUCCAACUGCACAGACUACCAGAGCCGGAGGCUAAAUGUCAUGUACUACAAUCAGGAAGGGCAGUUGUGUUAUGCACAUACGGUCAAUGGCACUGCCUGUGCCAUCCCCCGGAUGCUCAUUGCCAUUUUAGAAUCCAACCAAUGCAAGGAUGGAAGUGUGCGAGUACCAGAAGCCUUGCAACCACUGAUGGGUAUGGAGAUGAUCAGCAAACCAAGUUAUGCUACAUUGAAAUAUAUUGGCCCAAACCAGCCCAAAAAACACUGAACCAGUAAGUGUAGGAUUGCCCUAGAAAACCAGAGGUUUCUCAAGCAUUUGAGGGAUCCAAACAUGAGAUCAUUUGCUGAGGAGAGAAGGCAGAGGGGGCCUUCGGACGUCUCCUUCUGCGCAGCCGGGGAUAAGGAGCAAAGCUGCAGGAACAGUAUUCUCAGUUAUGGCUUUGGAAAGGAGCCUUACAUCUGGUGUGAAGUGACUUCCAUUCUGGAGUUUUGUGGCCAUGCUCUGUGUAACGGGAAAUGUUCAACUUCCUCCUCAAUACAGCCUUAGUGGGUUGUAGAAGGUUUUCAAAUGGCUGUCUCCUACUGUUUUGUGCAGAAACCAGACACACAAGGGAAGGUGGAGUUAAUUUUGGGCUCUUUCCACUCCAUGAUAUCUCUGUUAGUUGGAAUCUGCCCUCUCCAUCAGGGCAUCCUAUUUGUUUUAACUUCUGGUCACACGUUGAGGGGAACAGCAUGACAUUCUGGCCUUCCACCAAUUUACUUCUGGCAUAAACUGACCAUCAAUGAAGUGGAGAAGACAAUUCACUCGCACACUAAAGAGAAAAAAUAAAAAUUGUUUCUAACAA